AGGCUGGGACAACAUCCCCUAGGGUGGUCAGGGGUGAGUGACGGGGCUCAGGGAGCUGGGAGUGUGUUGUUCUUAAGGGAGCUGGACAUUUCUUCUUCCCAUUCCCGGGAUACCAGUGACCACGGUGUCUCCCUCCUGUGGUGUGUGACACCAGAGAGGGCAAGCAGCUCCUGAUCCUCAGCUCUCACCAGUGUGCUGUAGGGCACAAAAAUGGCUUCGGAGACAGAUGGCAACUGCUCCAUCUGCCAAGACACUCAGAAGGACGUGGCUUCUGCUCUGCCCUGUCACCAUCGUUUUUGCCGGGGCUGCAUCCUGCGGUGGACACACAUAAAUCCCGUGUGCCCACUCUGCAGAAGAAUGAUAGAGACUGUGAGGUUUUCUGACGACUCCAUGGAGAUUGUCAUCACAGCCCCUGAUGAGCUGCCAGAUGCCAUCAGCCAGGCAGGGACAGCUCCUGAUGGCCCUCAAGGAAACAGCCCCCAUUCCCCUGUGGCAUCCCAUCCAUCUUCUUCACAGUGGACACCACCCCAAGCUGUCGGUGGUGUCCUGCCUGACCUCUGGGCAGAACUUUUCCGUCGACAACAGCAACUCCUGGACCCGCUGCGGCCCUGGCUGCGCCGGAGGCUGGAGACCAUCUAUGGAGACCAGUGGUGGCUGGCAAGGAAUGCACAGAGCAGCAUCCUGCAUGCCCUCUGUGUCUUUGGUCCAGAUGAGGAGAUCAUGGUCCAGAGGCUGCAGGACAUCCUGGAGGAACACACAGUGCCACUGGUCCAGGACACCAUCAACAUCAUUGUGGGCCAGUGCAGUGAAGAGGCCAGGAGGCUGCUGCGCUCCCACGCUGCUGGGGAUGAGGACAACAGCCCAGCAGCCAGCACCAGCUCCAGCAACUCCAGCUCCAGCUCCUCCAUCAUUAGCUCCAGCAACUCCAGCUUCAGUUCUUCCAGCACCAGCUCCAGCAACUCCAGCUCCAGCUGCAGCAACUCACGAGAGGGGACUCCCACCAGCAGCCCUGCAGUCUCUGUGCAGGAGGAGGAAGCUGGCACAAUGGAGGCCUUCCCACCCAGGCAUCACAAUCUGCCACACCCUGUGCCCGUCCCUGCAGAGCAGGACCAACGCCAGGAGGAGCUGGGGCAGGCAAUGACAGUGGCAGGUCCCUCUGCCCAGGGCAGCAGCUGCAGCCCCUCCUCUCCCAGCCAGGGCACGGACCACUCACCUCGGGGUCCCCAGUACCCCCCAAAGAGGAGGGCCCUCAGCUCCCAAGACAUUCCCCAGCCCAGCAAGAGGUCGCCCCGCCGGCAGCAAUAACAGGGUUCUCGGAACUCUUUAUUCAAGGAAAAACAAAGAAUUUUUUAUUUCCUUCA